AUGAGGAGGUUUCUUCGCCCAACAAUUAAACUAACAAAAAAUGUGCACGCUAAAAAAUGCAAUCAUCAGGAAAUUCGAAAGAUAAGUACAAAACCCAGUUACUACCACUGCGUUGGAGAAGAGCCUCUAAGUCACUUAACAUUGGGACAGCUUUCAGAAAAGUCCAGUUACUGCUUUGGUGAUAGGACAGCAGUCGUGUCAUGCCAUCAAAAGAAAAAGCUGACGUUUCGAAGCCUUCUUGAAGAAGCUGACAGACUAGCCGCUGGUUUCUUGAAAUUAGGAUUUCAACCAGAAGACCGAAUAGGAAUAUGGGCUCCAAAUCUGGCAGAAUGGUAUAUAGCGUUUAUAGCAUGUGCCAGGGGGGGAUUUGUAAUGGUCUCGAUGAACCCAUUUUACCAAGCCAACGAAGCAGAGAAUUUGAUUAAACAGGUAAAGAUAAAAGGCCUUAUAUGUGGUGAUGUAUUUCGUAAACAAGAUUACUAUCAGAUAUUAAGAUCAAUUUGUCCGGAAUUAGAGAACAGUAAACCUGGUAAAAUCCAUAGUGAUAAAAUUCCUAGUUUGCGAACUGUUGUACAUAUAACGGAAGAAAACAAAAAAGGAACAUUUAAAUUUACUGAUAUACUAAACAUGGCUGAUGAAGAUACUAUAUUACAAAUUAAAAAACGCCAAAACAAAAUAAAAUUUGAUGGUCCUUGUAACAUUCAAUUUACAUCGGGCACCACAGGUAUGCCAAAAGCCCCUGUACAGAGUCACUUCAAUAUUGUUAAUAAUGGAUACUUCUGUGGCAAACGCAUAGGGCUGCAUCACAAACACCAUACAAUCUGCUUGCAAAAUCCAUUAUUUCACGUAUUUGGGACUAUAGCUACACUAAGUGCAGCUGUUGGUCACGGUGCUACAAUCGUUCUACCCAACGACGCAUACAAUCCAGAGAAAAAUUUAAAUGCUAUUGUACAAGAAAGAUGUACUGUGAUAUAUGGAACGCCUACGAUGUAUGUUGAUUUGGUGUCUCAACAAAGGAAACGUAAUGAAAACCUGAAAGCAGAACUGGCUCUAUCUGGAGGAGCAUUGUGCCCCCCAACAUUGUUUAAAGACAUGCUUGAUAUUCUUAAAGUAAAAACAGUAAAAUCUAUAUAUGGACUCACUGAAACAACAGCUUCCGUAUUUUUUUCCAUGAACAAAGAAAUCGAAUAUUAUGGCAGCCAUACUGUAGGAAGAGUUCAAGAUCAUUUAGAGGUAAAAGUAGUAGACAAGGAUGGCUAUAUUGUCCCAAUGGGUACUCCAGGUGAGCUGUUUGUACGCGGAUACACUACUAUGGUGGAGUAUUUUAAUAAUGAGGAGAAAACGAAGGAAGUGAUUGAUAAGAAUGGUUGGUUUAGGACAGGUGAUCAGUUUAUAUUGACGGAGGAUGGAUAUGGUAAAGUUGUGGGUAGAAUAAAAGAUAUGAUAAUACGUGGAGGCGAGAAUAUUUAUCCAAAAGAAAUAGAAGAAUUUUUAAUCACCCAUCCCGAAAUCAUUGAAGUACAG